AAGACCGCAAGGCGAGAGGCACCCCCUCCCUUCCUCGACUUUCCAACCUUUUCCUGCUAAGAGGAGGAGGAGAAAGAGACAGAGAGCUCUCGUAAAUUAUUACAGAAGAACACUAGCCCUUUUGAGAGAGAGAGAGAGAGAGAGAGAGAGAAGGCCCUUUUGAGAGAGAGAAGGUAUUCUCUACACGAGAAAGAAGCAAUGCCUGCUCAGAAGCGUUCUUCGGACAAUCUGAAGAUGGAAGAAGAGGACGAUGAUUCUCAACAGCAGCUGCUUCUUCAACAACAACAAGGAGAUGAUGAAGAACGAGACGACGAAGAAGAAGGAGAUGGUAUGUCUGUGAAAUCUCAUGCUCUUGUUAGACAAAAGGAAAGGGAAACGAAGAAAAUCAAAACGUUUCUUCUCUGUUCCUCAGAUUCCGAUGGAAGCCCUUCUCAUAGCGGCGGAAAAGACGACGAAUUUAUCCUAGUAAAAUUGUCAGACAUACGCAAAGAAGUACAAUGCCCCAUAUGCCUAGGGAUCAUCCGGAAGACGAGGACUGUCAUGGAGUGCCUGCAUCGCUUUUGCAGGGAAUGCAUUGACAAAUCAAUGCGACUUGGGAACAAUGAGUGUCCUGCAUGCCGCACACAUUGUGCAAGUCGUCGUUCUUUGAGAGAUGAUCCAAACUACGACUCCCUAAUUGCAGCUUUGUAUCCAGAUAUUGAUAAGUAUGAGGAGGAGGAAUUGGCUUUUCAUGAAGAGGAAAAAACUCGCAAUAAACAGUCUCUUAUUGUAGGCUCCAUUGGACAGAUUCAAGCAUCUAUAGCUCAGACUCUCCGACGACAAUCAGAAGCACUUGGUAGGCGACGUUCAGUGCCUAAACCGACACCAGCAGCUUUUAUGAGGAGGUCGCAUAGAAACGCCCAUUUGAGAGCAAGAAGUAGACAUGGUCGUGACACUGGGCUAGCAGGAUCUGAAGACGAGGAUGAGGAUGUAAAUGGCAAUGAGGGAGGGAAAGAUUCUUUUUCUGCUGAUGAACCCUGUACAGAAGUCAGACCAAAGAGGUGCAAGAGACAGCGGGCUGCUGGCAGCAACUUAGAUGGAGGGUGCGAUGAAAAUGACGAUAUAGAAGCUGGCAGGGACAGCAGAGGUGCUUCUCCUGCACGAGCUGGAACACCGGAAGUGCUUGUUUGGGGAAAGGGUGGCACACGGAGCCAUACCCGACAUGGGAGCGUAAGUGGCUUGAAUGGUAAAAAUGCACGGAGCAGCCGAUUGUCAAAGUUGGUAGAUUACCUCCGAAGCUUAGAGGAUAAUGAUGAUGAGUUCGAUGUACAUCUCACUCUUCUUCCUUGGGAUGAAAAACUACCGAGUUUGGAGCGGCCGUACCUUUGCUGCCGGCCCACCGUGUCCGUUAGACAUCUGCGCCAAUUCAUCGCUCUCCAACUUGCCGUGCAAGCGGAAGAACUUGAAAUAUUAGUGAAAGAGUGCUUGUCUACAGCUUCAAUGCACUGUGGAUCCGCAGUCGACCCUUCAUCCUCUACAGAAAAUCCAAUUCUAAAGGCACAGUUUGAUCCUUGCAAAGAAGACAAGGAGCUGCAAAUAUUGGAUGCACAAGAAACGCUUGCAGGGCUGCAUGCGAGUUGCACUACCACUCGUGGCAAUCUGGUUUUGGUGUAUCGAAGUCGGACAAAAUCGCAGCAAACUUAAGAGGUUGUGUGGGGACUUAGUUGGCUGUCCCAUGAUGUACUGCUCGUCACUUUUGCUGGUUUACAAAAGAUAUACACACACAUUGCAUGUGUGUCGAUAUAUAUGCAGAUGUUGCUGAGCCCAUACAACUGAUGUAGCUAUAUUCCGAACCUCCCCUCUAGAAGUUUUGUAAUGUCGUUCCUCAAUCAAGAGGGGAAGAAUUACCUCAAGACAGUGAUUCAUAGUUCUUAGGGGAUGUUCUACCAGACAAUACCACUGAAAAUUUCAUUUUCCUUGUCGAAUAUUUGUAUUUCUCUUGAAGAGCUAUGGCAGUACAUCCCUUGGACAA